UGGAGAAUACAGGGGAAAGUUGCGUCUAGCGGCUGAGAGGGAACGCACACGGCAGGGAUCCACCGGAGAUGUGAGAGGUCCCGGCGGCCACCCAUCCCCCUGUCUGCUCCAGAAGACUCCAGGGCAAUGACCUGGGAGAACUAAGAGCUUCUGCGGGUGGCUCGCUAAGAGCUUUCUGUAAACCCCCACCUGUGCAACUGCCAGCGGGCACUUGAGAUGCCCAAAUAGGAGGGCAUGACUGGUGGGGCUGAAACCGGUUGAUGCAUACAAACGCUCCUUGAGAAACAGUGGCUCUCUCAACCUACACUGAGGUAUUGAGGACUGUGGACCGUGAUAAGAGUAUAAGCUAUCUUCGGCACCUUAUCUAGAAACAUCGUGAAUGUGUGCAAAUCAGAGCCAGCCCCAGCAACGGUUCCCCCAGUCCGGUUCUGUCCUCUCAGGGGAUGGCCAGGGUCCAGGAUGGACACACAGAGGAAUAUGACAGCUCUGUGAUGUUAGAGGAGGGUCAGGAUGGUAUGGACAUUGGUAGUCUGACUGCUGGUUCAGCUCGAAAGGUCUGCAUCCAACGCCAUCCAAUUCACGGCUUCGGUUUCAUCGCUGGCAGUGAACGGCCUGUCGUUGUACGCUCUGUCUCUGCAGACGGACCAUCAAGUGGCAAGCUUUUCCCUGGAGAUCAGAUCCUCGCCAUCAACCAAGAGCUUGUGAGCGACGCGCCCAGGGAGAAAGUCAUAGACCUUGUAAGACACUGCAAAGACUCCAUUGUUCUUACGGUGCUGCAACCGCAACAGUCACCUAAAUCUGCCUUCAUAAGUGCAGCCAAGAAAGCUCGACUGCGAACCAAUCCCCCCAAAGUGCGCUUUUCAGAGCAAGUGUCCAUCAGCGACCCAGACUCAUCUGAUAUCUGCCUUGCGAGCAAGGAAGAGUCCACACUACACCCUUGGGUGCUGGUCGCACCAAUUUAA